CCAUUGAACCGAUGCGCUGCGACGCAUUUUCUAGUGCUGUGGAAAUACAAGAAAUAUAUUUCCCAGGAAAAUUAUUGCAUUUUCUUUUCUGUCAAAUAGUCGAAAUUGCCCCUUAUGAAGUCCCUGAGCCUGCCCUGUUCCGCUCCGUCUUCCGGCGUAUGUUCUUGGGAGUUGGAACAUGAACAGUGAACUGUUCACCCACUAGAAAUGCAAUUGAUUAAAUGUAAUUAUAAUGAUACUUAAAGUUACAAGAAAAUAAGAAAGGAACACCAGAAGCCCAAAAAAUAUAAUAUAAUAUAAUGAUUUGUUCAAAAGCUAUUUACAAACGUUCGUACCACUGUCCCCUGAAAAUAUGGGCGCCCUGUGGAAUCUCAGAAACCCAGCCGCUCAGGUCGAUUGCCGUCUUACAUGAUAAAGCCAUGAACAGGGGAAAGGAUUUCAACAGAAUCAGUCUAUCUGCUUGGUGACUCAUGAAUUUCCGUAUAUGAUAUAUAUAUUUUUUGAGCUUUGAAUGGAAAAGCGCACGUUUAUUCUGGAUCAUUGGGUGACCGGGGACGUUUCCUUUUAGAAGUGUUUUGUUGAACAUGAUGCGCUAUAAAGGAGACACUAUGAAAUGACUUUCAAGACUUCUAGGGUUUUAGAGAGAGAAAUUUUGUUUCAGGGUCCAUUUUGAACAUGGUUUUCCUAUUAUUAUUUUUGUGAUAGCCAAGCUUUUUUCGUUGAAAGGUAGGAGUUGCCCAGUGAAUUGGUGUGCUUUAAGAAGUCAAAACACAUCAGAUUUGGCGUAUAGAGUUUGUGUUCUUCAUUAAUUUUUGGCAUACUGUCCUUCUUCAAGUGUCACAUCUGUCCCUGCUUCCUUAAAUUGUCCAAGCUCCAUGCUUUUUGUUUCCUUAAUCAUCUUUAAUGACCGAAACGAACAUGUUGCCCUCGUGGUUUCUGUUUCGUCUAAUAACAAUUUCUAUGUUUGUUUUGAUCCUUUCUUCAGUAUUCCUUAUUCAAUCUGGAAAUAAUUCUUUUAUACCCAGAUCAGUUUUUAAGCUUAUUAUUGUCAAUAACACCCCUGUAAACUUCAAAUCUAAUGACAAUAGAAAAGAAACUAAACUUCCUCUCCUUUCUUCCACCGCAUUAUUAGUUGAUGAAAACCAAGCUGGGGUUUGUCAAAUUUAUAGAUGCAACAAGAAAACGGAUGCAUCAAGACAAGAGGAAAGGAAGACGUGUGACCCUAAUCAGGCUCUUGUCCGCGUAUAUUUGUAUGAUUUACCUCCAGAGUUUCACUUUGGGUUAUUGGGUUGGAAAGGAAUGAUGAAUCAUACUUGGCCCAAUGUCAGUAGCACAAGUCAAAUCCCAUCAUACCCAGGUGGGUUAAAUUUGCAGCACAGCAUUGAGUACUGGCUUACCCUUGAUCUUUUGGCAUCAAACACUCCAAAUGUGGUGAGACCUUGCACUGCAGUAAGAGUUAUGAAUUCAAGUCAGGCAGAUGUAACUUUUGUACCAUUCUUCUCAUCUCUGAGUUACAACAGACAUUCUAAGCUUCAUGGAGGAGAGAAAACAAGUGUGAAUAAGGUAUUGCAGGGUAAAUUGGUGAAGUUUUUGAUGGGGAAGGAUGAAUGGAAGCAAUUGGGUGGGAAGAAUCAUCUAAUUGUAGCCCAUCAUCCAAAUAGCAUGUUACAAGCAAGAAAAAAACUUGGUUCUGCCAUGUUUGUGCUUGCAGAUUUUGGGAGAUAUCCUGUUGAAAUUGCAAACCUUGAAAAGGAUGUGAUUGCUCCUUAUCGGCACCUUGUGAGAACAACUGCCAAAGAAAAUUCUGCUCCAUAUGAGAAACGCCCUAUUUUGGUGUAUUUCCAAGGAGCACUUUAUAGGAAAGAUAAAGGGGCAAUUCGCCAAGAGCUAUUUUACCUCCUCAAAGAUGAGAAAGAUGUACACUUUUCAUUUGGGAGCGUUCAAGGUCAUGGGAUUAGCAGGGCAGGCCAAGGGAUGGGCUCAUCUAAAUUCUGCCUGAAUAUUGCUGGAGACACACCUUCCUCAAAUCGCCUUUUUGAUGCCAUUGUGAGCCAUUGUGUUCCUGUGAUAGUCAGUGAUGAGAUCGAACUACCAUUUGAAGAUGUCCUGGACUACUCAGAGUUCUGCAUAUUUGUUAAAGAAUCUGAUGCAGUUAAAAAAGGAUUCCUUCUGAAUUAUCUUAGGGGAAUCCAGAAAGACAAGUGGAUGCAAAUGUGGAACAGAUUAAAAGAGGUUGUAAAACACUUCGAAUAUCAGUUUCCAUCCCAGCCUGGCGAUGCUGUGGAUAUGAUUUGGGAAGCUGUUUCACGUAAAAUGCCCUCAAUGAAACUUAAAUUUCACAGGAUGAACAGAUACCACAGAUUGCAGCUUCAGUUAAAAAGCAAUUGAAAUAGCAGAACCUAGUGUCGACUAAUAGAGUUCGUGUACUUGGAUGGUAUGAAGGAUCAUCAGAUAUCCUGCUUUGAUUGUGUCAGAGGACGUAACUUUUGUUCUGUUAAAUAUGUUUUUUUAGUUUUCUGUUCACUAUAAUUUAUACAGUUAAAUUUAGUGCAGAUCUGUAUGUCGGAUUGUGGUUCAAACAUUUUUAUUAUUUUGUAGUUUAGCCUAAUGAUGCAAUUCCUCCUUCUUGUC